AACCCUUGUUUUCAUUUUAUUUCCUCUUGGAGAAAAAAAAAUUAAUCUAAAAAUGAAGAUCGAAGUGAAAUGCAGUUGUGGUGAUGGAAAUUGUCCGGAAUGGGCAAUCGUAGAAAUACAAGGCAUGAUUGAAGUUCAACCGUGUUUCAAAGAUCGUAUACAAAACCUUGAAAUCGGUAUCCUUUGUCGUACUUCCUCGGAGGAGAAUUAUACUUUCACUGUUGGAUACCAUGAAUUAUCAGGAACAAAGAUGAAAUUGAAGAAACCAUAUUUGAUAUUGAAGAAGAAGAGAACUAUUUUUGAAUCAAUUCCAGACGAUGAUGAAGAAGAAGAUAUUAGUAAGGCUAAUUCUCCGAAGACAGAGACUGAAUUGGAAGUAAUUGGGAUUAUUCGGCAUCGUAUUCUCUUCAAAACCAGACCCAAACCCCUAAUUUCAAAACCGCAAGUAGUGGUAAAUGAAAAAAAGAGUGGUCCGAGAACAGUUGCAGUGCCCAUGGUUGAAUAAAACUUCUCAUCACAUUUCUUAUUUCUGUUAAUUUCUGCCUUUUACUUGAAAUUUCUUUGUUAUGAGUCUUAUGACCAGAAUACUUGAUUUGUUUCAAUCUCUGCUCUGGUUUUAAACAUGUAAUUGUGUCAUGGGAAUAAAAACUACUGGAGAUUGGGUGGUCAUGAAUGUGA